CACGAGAGAGAAACGAGGCCGGGUUUUUACGCGAUGGCACGAACGGGGCUUGUCCGAGUCUUCCUUCCGGAUGUUCCAAUCAUAGGCAUGCGUUUCCUUUUCCAGAACACGCUCGGUGGGCCAGGCAAAUGUGGGAAAGAAAUUGUCGCGGCGCGCGAACACAUAUUUGAAGCUCCUCUCCCCAUCCCUCUUGUAGAGAAAAAAAAGAAAAAGAAAGAAAGAUGUGACGUCCGUCCUUUUCCCUUUUCUUCCCCCUUCUCUCCCUCUUCCAAUCUUGCUUAGUCGCUGAGCUUCUCGAGCUCUUCGAUUAAUCAAUUUUCACACGCCCCCAUAAGGAUUGUGUCCUCUCCUCUUGACUGGCGGGGUUCUGCACAAAAUCCAAUAGCUCCGUUGAGAAAUACGGUGCACUACCCAAUCGGCACAAUGUUUGGCGGUAGCGAUCACGAUAUCGAAAAGGCCCCCCAGGUGGGCAACGUGCCUUUCGUCGAUGACACCAGCGAUAAUGCAGUGCGCGGAGAGAGCUUCGUAUAUGGCAACUCUCUCUACGCCAAGAUCCAACGGCUGGCCGGGAAGCUCAACAUUGAGCAGCGAGGUAUCGAACGUGUGCCAGCUGAGGAGCAGACGGACACCUCGUACUUCAAUAUUGGCAGCAUGUGGCUGGCGGCCAACAUGGUGGUUAGCUCUUUCGCAAUUGGUGUUCUCGGAAAAUCCCUCUUCGAUCUCGGCUUUGUCGAUGCUAUCCUCGUCUGUCUCUUUUUCAAUCUGCUUGGUGUGAUGACGGUUUGCUUCUUCUCGUGUUUUGGACCUGCCUUUGGCUUGCGCCAAAUGGUUCUUUCGAGGUUUUGGUUUGGCUGGUAUGGAACAAAAUUCAUUGCCAUCCUCAACGUCCUUGCCUGCGUGGGCUGGUCUGCUGCAAACUCCAUUGUUGGUGCCCAGCUCAUCCAUGCGGUAAAUACCGACGUACCUGGAUUUGCCGGUAUCCUCAUUAUUGCAUUUUGCACUCUCUUCAUCACCUUUGCCGGAUACAAGGUUGUCCAUGCCUACGAAUAUUGGAGCUGGAUUCCCACCUUCAUUGUUUUCAUGAUCGUUUUCGGUACCUUUGCCCACUCUGGUGCAUUCCAAAAUCUGCCCAUGGGAGUUGGAAAAUCGGAAAUAGGUGGUUGUUUGUCUUUUGGCUCGACUGUGUACGGUUUCGCUACCGGAUGGACUAGCUACGCCGCGGAUUACACGGUGUACCAGCCCGCAAACCGCAGCAAGCGCAAGAUCUUCUUCUCUGCCUGGCUCGGACUUAUCGUUCCCCUUAUAUUCACCCAGUUCCUGGGAAUUGCGAUCAUGACAGCAACAAGCAUUGACGGCGGGGACAACAAGUAUCAGCAGGGCUAUGCAGCCUCUGGAAACGGAGGCUUGCUGGGUGCUGUUCUUGAGCCUCUGGGUGGUUUCGGCAAGUUCUGUCUCGUCAUUCUCGCUCUUUCCAUCAUUGCAAACAACUGCCCAAACAUCUAUUCCGUCGCCUUGACUCUUCAAGUCUUGAGUCGCUAUUCUCAGCGUGUCCCUCGAUUCAUCUGGGUUUUCUUGGGUUCUUGUGCCUCCAUCGCCAUUGGCAUUCCCGGAUACUCCCACUUUGAGACCAUCCUCGAGAACUUUAUGAACUUCAUCGCCUACUGGCUGGCCAUAUACUCCGGUAUCGCACUCAGUGACCACCUUGUCUUCAAGCGUGGGUUUUCGGGCUAUCGUCCAGAGCUGUAUGACCAGCGUGAGAAGCUCCCUGUUGGUAUUGCCGCCGCCGUCUCCUUUGGUUUUGGUGUUGCCGGCAUGAUCACAGGUAUGAGCCAGAGCUGGUAUGUCGGACCCAUUGCACUGCAUGCGGGUGCAGCACCCACCGGCGGUGAUAUUGGUUUCGAAUUAGCCUUUGCCUUUGCGGCUGUCAUGUAUAUUGUGUUGAGGCCCAUCGAGUUGAAAAUAUUCGGGCGGUAAAUACUAUGAUUCAAGGAGUUGUGAUAUAUCGUUAAUGAGCUACCUUGGGUCUCUGCAUUAGAGAAUAUAACUGUUGCAUAUAUGGAUGACGAUAAAUGUACAUAGAAGUUUUAUGAGCAUGCUUUUUGAUAGCACUUGAGCUUAAUUUAUUCAAUUUUGAUCAAGA